AUGUCUGCGGCGGCGGCGGCGGCACCGAUGGCCCGCAAGCGUCCGGCACCGGACCAAGAACCGCUCGCCGCAGACGCGAACAAGCGACUGCGGUACAAGAAUCUCAGGAACAUCGACGAGUUCGAGGUAUUCGAGGUGCUCGGGGAGGGCGCCGAGGGCGUCGUGAGCAGGGCGCGCGCGACUGCCGCAGCGGCAAGGAGGUCGCGCUGA